AUGACCUCCUCCUGCCAGUGCCUCCCAUUGGCUGAGCCCAGGAGAGAGCCAGGAAACCUGGCGGAAGCCAAGGGCAACCUCCCAGGGCGGAGAGCAGGGGGAGAAAGGCCGAGAGCGACUCAAGGGGGCAGACUAUCCAGCCCCGUCCGGGAGAUGCGGCUGGGCUCCCGGGGCCUUGGCCGUGCCCACCGCCCUCUGCCCACGUCCCUGCCCCCGCUCCCUCCCAGGUGCGAGGCUGCCUUCCGCCUGCACAGUUCCUCCCUGGAGCUGGGCCCGCGGCCCCUGGAGCCGGAGAACGAGCGGCUGCAGACCUUGGUGGGAGUGCUGCGCUCCCAGGUGAGCCAGGAGCGACAGCGCACGGAGCGGGCGGAACGCGAGUACGCGGCGCUGCUGCACGAGUCCUCGGAGCUGGAGCGGCAGCUGUGCGAGAUGGAGGGCUGCCGCCUCCGCGUGCAGGAGCUGGAGGCCGAGCUGCUGGAGCUGCAGCAGCUGAAGCAGGCGAAGACCUACCUGCUGGGACGGGAGGACCACCUGGCCGAGGCCCUGCUGGCGCCCCUCACCCAGGCGCCUGAAGCCGACGACCCCCAGCCGGGCAGCGGGGACGACUCGGGCACCCAGGAUGGGGUCUCCUCUCCGGCCGCGUCCCCGGGCCACACCGUGCGCAAGAGCUGCAGCGACACGGCACUCAACGCCAUCGUGGCCAAAGACCCGGCCAGCCGGCACGUGGGCAACCUCACGCUGCACGCCAACAGCGUGCGCAAGCGGGGCAUGUCCAUCCUGCGCGAGGUGGACGAGCAGUACCACGCGCUGCUGGAGAAGUACGAGGAGCUGCUGAGCAAGUGCCGGCAGCACGGGGCGGGGGUGCGGCACGCGGGCGUGCAGACCUCGCGGCCCGUCUCCCGGGACAGCUCGUGGAAGGACCUGCAGGGCAGCGAGGAGGGCCAGGGGGAGGCCAAGGCGGGCGAGAAGAGCCUGAGCCAGCACGUGGAGGCCGUGGACAAGCGGCUGGAGCAGAGCCAGCCCGAGUACAAGGCGCUCUUCAAGGAGAUCUUCUCCAGGAUCCAGAAGACCAAGGCCGACAUCAACGCCACCAAAGUCAAGACGCACAGCAGCAAGUGAAGGUUCCCCGGCCAGUGGCCUCCCCCAGGAUCAGGCCGUGGGGUCCCUCUUACCUGGGCUGUGCAGCCUCUGGUGAGAGAGGGAGCCCUUUAGCAGCAAUACACGCCAGAGGGAGGCUGCUCUCUGACCCAGGGAGCACGCAGGGGACACCCGUUCCCUGCUGACGGAGGAGGCUGUCAACACCUCUUGUCUCCCAGGACCCUCCACCACCCCGCGCCAGCCCAAAGGCGCAGCCGAGAGUCUGCAAGCCAAAUGUCCCCACUCCCCGCUCUCCCAGCCCCCACUCCCUGACCCUGGGCCUUGCUCUCAGAUUUGUGGCCCGGCUUCUGAAAGCCAUUCUGGACCAGUUGGCUUUUUUUUUUUUUGCAAGGCAGGGUCUCCCUGACCCCUCGCCACAACUGUUAACACUUGAAGGGGGACCCCAGAGCCAGCUGUUGCGGGUUCCAGGGGUCUCCUGGACCACCCACUGCUUCUCCAGCUGUGACACGCUGUCAUUCUCUUAGCACCAGCUGUCCCACCUCGAGGGUCCUGACCAGGUCAGAGACGGCCCCUGCCAUGCAGAGCAGAAAGCCUGAGCCAGGCCCGAGUGGCCCCGACUCUAGCCCUGGUGAGGGCGGGCUUCUUCCUGGAGAUCCUCAGCCCACUGCAGAUCUGUAGCCAAUCAACUCAGAGCCAGCCUCCCCGGGUUCCGGCCCUGGAAAUGCCUUCUGGGUAUCAAGCCUUCCAGGGGUCUGGGCAGUCGGAGCCCCCAUCUCUGCAUGCCUCCUCUGCCUCACUGAGCUUGGCCUCUGCCUGUCCCCAUCUCAGGGACCAUGAUGUGUCUCAUUCACUCCCAUGCUCCCCCCAGGCCCACCCCACCGCAGGUCAUGCCUGCCGCCCCCAGAAUGUCCUGGAUGUGUGCCACCAGCCCAUGGUCCCAGCAUCCUCCCCUGCCCCCCUUUACUGGGGCCCGCCCAAGAGUCUCACCCCACACCGGGCGGUAUUGAAAUGGGACCAGAUGGGGAACAUGUCUCCUCCUUCCCAUACAAUGCCUGCUUUUGAGGACCCAGCUGGGUCAGGGGUUUAAUCUUUUGUUAAAGCUUCAGAAGGUCCAGCUUCAGCUAAGAGCUUCAGCUAAGAGAUUCCCAGGUCCCCAGUGUGCCCUGAGAAAUUCUUCAGGGCUCCCAGUUCCUAGCCCUGGCCUCUGUGCUGGGAGCCCAGUGGGGAACCUUCAUGCCUUAUUUGUUUCUAAGGGGUAAAGGGGUUUUCUUAACAAGCCUGCCCAACCUCCCUGGAGGCGUCACCCUGCUUUCCGGGCAGCACUGUGAUGAGAGCUGUCAGCUGGUCCUUCCAUUCACACAUCUUGGAACCUUUGGUCCGUUGGAGCUGGGCAGCUCCCAGCCAUCCGUGUGUCCCCGGCAUCUAGGGUUGAGGGGGUGGGGUGGGAUGGGAUGGGUGGGGGAAGGGCUUCUGCCUGUUUGCUCCCCGGUUCUGUAGCUGCUGACCAGCGUCAUCUUUGAAGUAUACAUGAGAGAAAUAUAUUUACAAAUGCUUUAUUCUCUUCUUUAAUAAAAAACGCACCAGUAAUCUAAA